ACGUGUUCAGAUCUGUCGAGAUCCAUGGCGGAAGUAGAGAGCCAGAAAACCCCAAGCCUAGCUGCGCAAUACUCUUUGCAGGAGAUAGAGGAGGAGCAGGUCGUGGUUGCAUCCCCUGUUGAACCAACUGAAGAUGAGAAGCCAGCUAAUACUGUUGCUGAGGAAACCGUAGCUGAGAAAACUGAGGAAGCUCCUCCAGCUGAAGAAAGCAAUGGAGCUCCCGCGCAGGAAGACUCAAGUGAACAAGAAGCUCCUGAAGAGGCACCAGAAAUAAAGAUUGAGACAGCACCAGCAGAUAUCCGUUUCCCGACCACCAACCAAACAAGACAUUGUUUUACACGCUAUAUUGAAUAUCAUAGGUGCACAGCUGCAAAAGGGGAUGGUGCUCAAGAGUGUGAAAAGUUCGCAAAAUAUUACCGUUCACUCUGUCCUAGUGAAUGGAUAGAGAGAUGGAACGAGCAAAGGGAGAAUGGAACCUUUCCUGGACCUUUGUAGAGGGUGCUGGAUUUUCAAGGCUGAAUGUUGUGGGACUCCUGCCAUUAUUUCCAGGUCGUUGCCAGCCCUGGAAGUUCAUAGAGAUGGGAAAACAUCCGGGAGAGUUCUAUUUGAAAUGAGUUAAUAAAAUUUUUUUGGCUUGUUUUCUGUUGCACCAAUUCAAGCCCAAAUACAUGGAGUGUGCUUCACAUAAAGUAGAGAUAUUUACUCUAUAUAACCUUUCCAGUCUUCAUCUUUUCAC